UAAAAAAAAAACCACUAACGUUGUUUAUGGCUCUAUCCCUCUUGGCCUCGCUCUUCCUUCUCCUUGUUGUCCAGUCCGGUGACUCAGCGAAUGUCCCGGCGAUAUUCAUCUUUGGUGACUCACUCUCGGACUCCGGCAACAACAAUUACAUCCCCACUCUCGCCAAAUCCAACUACCCUCCUUAUGGCAUCGACUUCCCUCUUGGCCCAACCGGCCGUUUCUCCAAUGGAAAGCUUGUCGUCGACAUCCUAGCCGAAAUGCUGGGAUUGCCUUAUGCUCCACCUUUCUCAGACCCAUCCACCAUGAACAAUCUGCAGAUACUCCAAGGUGUCAACUAUGCAUCGGCAACAGCCGGAGUCCUCGAUGAGACGGGCAAGCAAUACAUGGGUUCGAUACCAUUUAACAGGCAGAUCGAUGACUUCCAGCAGACAGUCUCGAGGAUUUAUACGCUGUUUGGGCAGAACACGACGGCCAUGAAUGCUUAUAUCUCCAAAGCUCUGAUGAUGGUUUCCAUAGGGAGCAAUGACUACUUGAACAACUAUUUAAGGCCCGAUAUUUAUAGCACUAGCACUCAAUACACCCCACUUGCCUUCAGCAAUCUCCUCGUUCAACAGAUUGCUCAGCAGCUUCUGGCACUGUACAACAUGGGGGCACGAAAAUUCGUGGUUUACUCUCUGGGCCCUAUUGGAUGCACUCCGAAUCAGCUUGUAGGGCAAAGCUGUGCAGACAAAGUGAAUCAGAUGGUGCUCCUCUUCAACUCAGCCCUUCGGUCUCUCAUCAUUGACCUCAACUUACACUUGCCAGGUGUCGAUUUUGCUUAUGCUGAUGCCUAUGGCAUAAUAACUGACAUUCUUGUCAGCCCCAACUCCUACGGUUUCUCAGUCACUUGGCAAGGAUGUUGUGGAGCUGGAAACUUGCAGUGGAAUUGUAUUGCAGGAACAGCACCUUGUAAUAAUAGGAAUUCUUACAUCUUCUGGGACAGCCUUCAUCCUACAGAGGCUGUCAACAGGGUUGUGGCACAAAGAUCAUUUGCUGGUCCACCUUCUGACAUUUACCCCUUCAACAUCCAGCAACUUGCGUCCAUAUAAUCCCUCC